AUGAAAGAAAAUAACAGUGAACAGGCUGUCGGCUCCGUCUUUGCUCUGCAGGCGACGGUGAAUCGAUCGCCGCUGGAUCCAUCUCAAUCCCUCUGCACUUUCCGCCGCACAAAACGAAGAAGCGGUGGCGAGACUUUUUCCAAUUGGACUCCAGCCAUCCCGCCGUCUUUCCUUCAAAGGUGGCCUCCCGACAUCUCCGCGAGCUCAAACGGCUCGCUUCAGGUAACUUCGGUGCAGUCCUCCGUCGUCAUUUUCUCUUAUGCCCGGAAUUAUAAGGGUUCUUGA